AUGGCGGAGGGGAAGGGAACGAACAAGUGUGGAUGUGAUUCAAAAUUGGAAAAUGGGCACAAAGAGGGGCCUUGUGAUGAAAGGAAUUGUGUAGAUUGCUAUGUGUGUUGUAUGGCCGACUGUCCUGGAUGCAAAGCGUUGCAAUGCGAAGAGCAAAAUGGGUGUAAAUGCAACCUUUGCGACUGCGGAUGCCAGAAAGACCCAGAAGUUAAAAAGGGCACAAAGGCGUGCCAUGAGAUCAACACAGAUAAGUGUAAGAAUUGCCUGACAAAAUGCAAAAAUGUAAAAAAAGGUGGCAGAUGUAAAUGCUACCUUUGCAACUGCGGUUGCAAUGGCGUGAAUUGUCAGUGCUGUAAGACGUGUAACCCUAAUAGCAAAUGUAGUGGAACGUGUGACCGUGAUGACCAACACAGCGAGAAAUGCGCACACCAAGAAAGGGGUGCGUGCGGGGGAACAGUUAACAUGGGCAAAUACCACUGUGCGGAACACCGGGACAGAAGCCAAUGCGACUUCAGCAGAUGCAAUCCAAUCUACUUCGGCAUCGGCAAAUGCCGCUUCAAAUGCACAAAUUGCGGCAAACUAUGUUCCCAAGAUCAAUGCAGGAUACGGAUGCGUAUUAUAAUCGUCGUCGCGAUCAUUUUAGCGUUCUUGCUUAUCUUGUGGGCCUUGUUUCCAAAAAAAGUCCGCGGGAUGAUGAUUAGAAUACGCGCCGCUCUCUCCAGCUCGCCCAGGCACACGGGCAGAUCCCUAAGUAAUCUCGUUGGUGAUAGAAUUCCCGACUAG